UCUGAACAGCUGAUAGUGGCAAGACCAAUUAAUUUAGAUCACAAUUUGUUGAUUUACUUCUUUAAAGUUUAAACAGUGCAAUGAUCGAAAUAGAUGUUGAGGACGAGAGGACAAAGCUGAAGCGGGAGAUCGCUGAACUGCGAGCGGCGCUCUACAGCAAGGAACAGAGUCUGCGUAACCUGGAGGAAAUAGUAUCUGCUGCAGCUGCUGACCAAAAUCCGGACCAUGGGGGCGCUCCACAGUCGCCAACUAGGACACGGCACACCAAAUUGACCAACGACGAUAUAGCCCGAUACAGCCGGCAGCUGAUCUUGCCCGAUUUUGGUGUUCAGGGGCAAUUAAAGCUGAAAAACAGCUCCGUGCUGAUUGUGGGCAUGGGCGGACUUGGUUGUCCGGCAGCCCAAUAUCUGGCGACAGCCGGUUGCGGCCGUUUGGGGUUCGUGGACUACGACCGUGUGGAGCGAAGCAACAUCCACCGUCAGAUCUUGCACUCGGAGGCGCGGAUUGGCUGGACCAAGCCGGAGUCGGCAAGGUUCGCACUGCUGGAGCUGAACCCGCACUGUGAGAUCGACAGCCAUGUGUUGCUACUGAACAGAUACAAUGCCCUUAACGUCAUCCAGUCCUACGACGUGGUCCUGGACUGCAGUGACAAUGUGGCCACACGUUAUCUGCUGAGCGAUGCCUGCGUAAUGCUGCAAAAGCCCCUCGUAUCCGGAAGUGCUCUCAAGAUGGAUGGACAACUGACCGUCUACAACUAUAGGAAUGGUCCCUGCUAUCGGUGCCUCUAUCCAGUACCGCCUCCGAAGGAAUCUGUCACCAAUUGCGGUGAUGGCGGCGUCCUGGGCGCUGUUACUGGCACAAUAGGAGCCAUGCAGGCCCUGGAGGCUAUCAAGGUGAUUGUGGGCCUAGGUGAUGUCCUUGCCGGUCGACUGUUGAUCUUUGAUGGCAGCAAGCUGUUUCGCAACAUUCGCAUCCGCAACAAGCGACACUGUCACGUUUGCUCCGCACAGCCAUUGAUUACGCAGCUGAUCGACUACGAAAUGUUCUGCGGAAUGCGAGCGAACGACAAAGAAGACGCGCAACAUUUGCUCUCCAGAGAGGAACGUUUAAAAGUGAAGGAGUACCAGGAGAAGCUGCAGACACAACCACAUCUGUUGAUCGAUGUCCGACCGCCGGCUGAAUUUGAGAUCUGUCAGCUGCCUGGUGCUGUGAACGUGCCCCUGGCCGAAAUCCUUGACGAUAGCUACAUCAAGCGGUUCGGCACCGAGCUCGAGGACAAGGAGCUGCCCAUUAUUUUGCUGUGCAGGCGGGGCAACGACUCCCAGAUAGCAGUUCAGCAUGUGCGCACUCGAUUUCCCAUGCAUUCCAUCCGGGACCUGAUCGGCGGACUGCAUGCCUGGACGAAAAAGGUAGACCCAAGUUUUCCUAUAUAUUAAUCAAUAAAAACAAUUAAAAAAUAUAUCGAAAUUCUCAUUGAUUCUUAAGGUAAUUAUCCUUGAAAUGGUUAAUAUUAUCUUAUCUUUUUUCAUAGCGACAUUUGGAAAGUACUUUCUUGUACAAAAAUACUUUAUAAAAAUGAAAAACCCAUAUAAAUCUGGGUUCAACAAAACUUUCCCAAUUUCAUACAGGUAGAAGGUUAUCAUUUUCCUCCAAUUCUGUUUUGUUACCCAUCAUCGGCACCGGACACAACAGCUGAGUGACAUUCGAGCCCAGAAGCAGGCAGAGAGAAAAAAAACAAUUUAUACAGAGCCAGGUAGAUUGGCGGGCAGGUGUAAGACUUCGCCCAACGCACACACCUUUGAUUGGAAGAAGAGAAUGCAAGCAUUAACGAAAUGGUAUCGAUAUGAACAGUGCUGUGGACUUGGCUAUAAUGGAU